CCUGCUUCUAAAGCCUUCCUGGUUAUAUAUUUUUCCUUUGGGUUUGUAUAUGCAGAUAUGUUUUAUACCAACUGCGAUCAUAUAAUCGGAAAAUGCUGGCCGCUUUAGAUCAAUUGAACUUCAGGAUGUCUCAUCGCUUAUCUGAUCGGACCGAGGCACGUGAAGUCACCGCCAGAGAGCAUCUCCAACCCGUCUUCCAUCCAUCUUCUAGGAUUCAAAUUUGUAUAUAAUUCGUAUCGUUCGCGCCAAAGGCCUGGCUGUGCUCUAUGAACUCCUAGGUUUCCUCGUUGUUCAUCAUUAUCCCAGUGCUCGGCUAUAUAGGACGGUGAUCAAGUUACCGAGGUCCACCGAGCUUCUACCCCAGAAACCAGAUAUCCACUCAGCAAACAAUAUCAGAACAGAGAAGCUCCAAGACAUUGCGAGUCGAACUCAGACCAGAAUCAUAUCACCAUGGCAGAAAACGACUACCAAUCAUUCAAGUACUUCAUCAUCCGGUUUCCAGCCGACCAUCAAUAUGUCGCCCACGUGGAGAUCAACCGCCCGGAUAAGAUGAAUGCCUUCUUCGAGGCAAUGUGGAUUGAGCUGGGCCAAAUCUUCGACCGUCUCUCGCAAGACCCCUCCGUCCGCGCCAUCGUCCUCAGCGGCGCAGGCGAGAAAGCCUUCACCGCAGGCCUAGACGUCACCGCCGCAUCGCAGGGCCUCCUGUCCGCGGACGGCGACCAGGCAGUCGAUCCCGCGCGCAAAGCGGCCCAUCUACGCCGUCACAUCGUCUCCUUCCAGGGCUGCAUUACGGCCGUCGAGCGCUGCGAGAAGCCCGUCGUCGUCGCGAUGCACGGCUUCUCGCUUGGUCUGGCGGUCGAUCUGUCCACGGCGGCCGAUGUGCGUGUUUGCGCGCGCGGCACCAAGUUCGCCGUCAAGGAGGUGGAUAUUGGCCUUGCGGCGGAUAUUGGGACGUUGAGCCGGUUGCCCAAGGUGGUUGGGAGCUUUGGGUGGGUGAAGGAGGUGGCGCUGACGGCGAGGAUAUUUGGGGCGGAGGAGGCGCUGCGUGUUGGGUUUGUGAAUCGGGUGUUUGAGAGUAAGGAGGCGGCUGUGCAGGGGGCGCUGGAGAUGGCUGCGUUGAUGGCGACGAAGAGUCCGGUCGCGGUGCAGGGAACGAAGGAGAUUUUGAAUUACUCGAGGGACCACUCUGUGCAGGACGGUCUCAGAUAUACUGCCGUCUGGAAUAGUGCCAUGCUGCAAACCAAGGAUGUCUCAGCUGCGCUGCUAUCCGGGCUGAAGAAGCGUACUCCUACAUUUGAAAAACUGUAAUUACUUGUAUAUUUCUCCAUAAGGAUGUUCCCAGGUGGACUUGCCUGUCUCUCCUGACUCUACUUCUAUUAAUACUCGGACCGAUGCUCCGUGCCUAAAGUCUGCGUUGGGGUAAUGUAUACGAGCGUAUCCCAUCGCCACAUGGUUUGAAGGAUCUGGAUCAAUUCCUCCAAUGAGCCACUGAUUCUGAUCCUGUGGAAUAUAUCCGCCACAGGGACUAUCCAUUGAUCCUAAUGACAGGUGGAAAAUCCAUACAAAUGUACUCCAUACUCCCCCUGCAGCGGGAAAUUCCAC